AUGACUUUCAACAACCACAACAACCACAACGGCAAUGGCUUUCCAGCCGGCGCUCUUGGCCUCCCUGCCUCUGGCUUCGGGGCCCGCGGAUCGCGAAUCAACUCUAAGAGAUUGAGCGUUGCGCUUCCGCCCAAGGUCGCUCCGAUCAACGAGAAUCAGGUCGACAAUCCGACGCCUCGCACCAGUCGCUCGCACCUGCUUGCAGGUCUGCGCACCCAGCCAAAAACUCCAGGAGUUCCGGCUUCCGCUCCUUAUCAUCAAACCCAUCACUCCAUCUCUGGACCCUCCGCAUCGCCGUGGUCAGACCAGAGCUAUGGAGGCCGUGGCCAGGCCGUCCCCCAAACCGCUACGGGCUCCACGUUCGAUUUCCCAAAUCAACAUGCAAUGCAUGCGGCGCGGCAAAUGUACGCUCUGCCCGAGCAGGUUCUCGCUCCUCCCCCAGUCUACGAGCAGGCCGAGGAGAUGGAUCCGAGCGUACUUCAGCAGAUGCAUGUCACCAGCUUGUUCCUAGCCCAGCGUCAGCAACAGCUUCAACAACAGCUCGCCAACAUUACUGCGGCAACCGGCAACAUGGGCCUUAAUGGGAACAUGCAGCGCGGUUCAUUCCACCAGAACCAGCUCCCUCUGACUUCUUCGGCACCGCAAAACUUCUACGGUCAGCAGCAACAGCAAGUGCCGGCUCCCAUCGAGGUUCCAGGUCAGCCAGGUGUCUACCUUGUCUACAAUCCUGCCAUUCAAGGCUACUCAUAUGCCUUUGACCAGAACAUGCAACAAAGUCAGCAGAUCGUGUCUCCUAUCCAGCAGAGCUCUGGGAACCAUUUCUCUCCAGCCCGCUACGAAUCGCCUACUCAGAACUACAAUGCGGCUUCGCUUCCACCCGCGGAGAGAUUGACUCCGUCGAACUCGCGCUCUUUCACGCCGCCGAAGAAAUCACAGACUCCACCAUCUGCGCUCGAGCAUGUUGAGCCUCUUCCGCCACCUUCGGCAACUGCGUUCCGCCGUGGCCACAAGAAGGCAUCGUCCUUGGCCAUUGACCCAUUUGGAAAGGUUGCAGACGGUCCAAAGACAUCAUCCACCGCCGUAUUCGGAUCUCAGCGUGCAGUGUUCCCACCAACUCCCAUGACUGGCACAUUCGGCCCAGGAGCUGCCCGCGCUGGCGAGCACCCUGUUCGGCAACCAAGGGGCCCACCGCCUCUCGAAGAGCUCACCACAGCGCCCACCAGCCAACACGAGGGAAGCAAGAAUUUUGCGACUCGUCAGCGCCGCCGCGCACUUGACAGCCUCAUGCGUGCCGGUACAACCCGCCGAGGUGUUUCUCAUUCGUCCGGCGGAAGCCCAGUGAGUGAGCGCGAGUGCAACUUCUCCACCAGCGAAGCAGGCGAAGAUAGGUUGUCCCUUGCAAGCUGUGGCAGCAGAAAGAUGAGUCCGAUCGGUUCGGAAAUGAAGGAGAAGCGUGGAAGCCCUACUUCAACAGAUGGGUACUUCGCCCUAAGCUCUGCAUCUAGCAGCGACGAGGACUGGAAACAGCCUCCGACUCCUGCAACUCCAUCUGCCUAUGGCGACGAUCGCAAGAAGAUGAUGUUGGGCGUGCUCUCUCAUGCUGAGAAGCGCAAGACACUGGCAUUUUAG